AUGUCCACCCUAGACGACAUCUUCGGCUCCUCCCCGCCCGCCCCCUCCCACCCCCAAUCCACCCCCCCAUCUCACACCGAACCCUCCGACCUCCCCUCCCUCCGCCGCCAACACGUCACCGCCGGCUACCGCGACGGCAUCGAAGCCUCGAAAUCGACACACGUACAAUCCGGCUUCGACGCCGGGUUUCCCGUCGGCGCACAACUCGGUAUGCGGGCUGGAACCAUCCUCGGCAUUUUAGAGGGAGUGCUGCGGGGGUAUGAGUCGCGGGGUGUGAUCAAGAAGUCCUUACCCGGGAGGAAGUCUACAUCGACAUCUACAUGUACAGGGGAUAAAGCUGGGACGGGGAAGGGUGAUACUUCGGAAGAGUCGCGAAGCGCGAAACGCGCAGAACUCCUGGCGCUUUAUCAGCGAGCUGUUGCUGAGUUGGAUGUGCGGAAGGUCUUUGAGGGGAUCAAAGAGGGGGAGUUAUCCUCGAAGGAGGAAAAGGCGGAAGAGAGGUUAAGGAGGCAGGGUGAAGGGGUUAUUGGCGGGUGGGAGGGGAGGGUGGGGGUUCCAAGGUGGGAGGAGAAUAUGGAGGCUUUGGAGAUGAAGGAUGCUGAGGGUGAUGAGAAGGAGGUGGUUGAGGAGAGCUGAAGUGGGAUACUCUUGGCUCUCUAGGUAUCGAUGGAUGGUACUUUAUGAUUCUGCCUGCCCCUGCGUCGGGUGGGUGGGUUGAUGUCAGCCCAGACGGAGUGCGCGGGCGUGCAUACGUCGAGGAUCCCCUGCUGAUGCCGUGGAUGGCAGGUAAGCAGGUUGGCACUUGGCAGUAGGCAGUAGGCAGGCUGUCGGGGUCUCGACGGUCGUAUCUGCAAGGUACGCGAUGUGAUGGCUGAGGGGAAGUAUGGCUGGCUGGUACAGUGGCUCACUGGCUAUUGAUACAACACGGCUGGUGCAUUGAUGCCGUGGUGCGCAUUUGCUUUACGGGACUAGAUAAGGAAAACAUAUGUAGCACACUCAAAUACUAGAUACAUAGUCUUCCUAUGUAGUUGGACAGACAAAACUUCAGUGAAAUUAGUUAACGC